AUGUCCGACAUUGAAAACUUCAUCCUUUACCGUGAAGGCAUAGUUCAUUCUCCAGAAGAUAUUCCACUCAACAACAAUCCCGAUUCCAACAUUUUUGCUGUUUACCAAGCCAUUUACAAGUAUCCUAUCCCAAUUUGGGACUCAACAACAACACCAAAACUCACAAGUUUCUCAACCCAUUUCACCUUCCAAUUUGAUUCCCUUCAUGCAAAAACAUAUGGUGGUGGCUUUGCAUUUUUCUUAGCCCCAAUUGGUUGGCCAAUCCCUCCAAAUUCAGGCUCUGGCUUUCUUGGUCUUUACAAGGCUAAUACUCAAUCCCCUCCAAUUGUUCAUAUUCAGUUCCAAAUUGGCUUAAAUGCUGCUUAUCCCCCAUAUGAACAUGUGGGUAUUAAUAUUAACUCUCUUUCUUCUUCUAAUUCUACUCCUUGGGAUGCUACUUUACAUAGUGGAGAUUUUGCUGAUGUUUGGAUUUCUUAUAAUUCUAAAACCAAAGAUUUGAGUGUGUCAUGGGAAUAUCAAAGUACAGCUUCAUCACUUGAAAAUAGUUUCUUGAGUUAUAAGGUUGAUUUAAGUGAAGCUCUUCCUCCAAGGGUUAUGCUUGGAUUUACAGCUACUACUGGCCUUUAUUCAUUGAAACCUUUGAUUUCUUUUUGGGAAUUUGAUACUACUUUGAGUAUACAGAAAACAAAUAAGAGAAUUAGUGAUGGGAGCAGGAGGAAUAAAGUUAAUGUAAUUGUUGUUGCUGUUGCUGUUCCUGUUGGAGUUGUUCUGAUUAGUUUGGGAUUAUUUGGACUUGGGAGAUGGAUGGUGAAGAAAUUAGGGAAGCCAAAAAGUAUUGAGAAUGGAGGUGAAGGUGCCAUAGCUGUUGGAACAACAAGUUGA